CAUCACCUCAAAAAGCGAGAAAAUCCAACUAAACCCGUUCUCACAGAGACACCUCUGACAUCGCUCGCUUAUCCAGCCGCUUAUAUUUGUUCUUCCAAAGUGGACAGAUCGGAUUUACUGUACCAACUAGAAAGUCCAGUUAAACAGACCGAGAUGACACAGGAACAGAGCAACAGAAGGGCGGUGCUGGUGAUGCAGAAUGACCUGGGCUAUGGUCAGCGGCGGGUCUACAACGACGAGGACGAGGCCUGGAGGACCUUCCUGGAGAACCCGCUGACAGCCGCCACCAAGGCUAUGAUGAGUGUCAACGGGGACGAAGACAGUGCCGCAGCCCUGAGCCUGCUCUACGAUUACUACAAGGUGCCACGAGAAAAGAGGCCAGCUACUGCUAAGACUGAGGCUCUGGCCAGUGAUGCCAAUACAAACAAACGGAACCACAUGGUUCCAUUUCAGGAGGUCGCAAUGGCGAUGACAGACAGCAGGCUGCAGGUUCUCCGGACCGUCCCUUUCAGCAUGGUCGUCCCGGGAGACCAGCAGUGCCGGGACAAACGGGACCAGUUUCCCGCGCCCGAUACCACCGUCACGGUCUCCAUCGCCACCGCCGCGCCCGCCUACCCGACCAAGACGGAGGCGACCGCGCACGGUUUCCCCAGGGCUCACUGCUCCCGGGUCGAUGCCCACUCUCAGCCCAUUGGCGGGCAGCUCAAACACAGGCACUUCAGCCCCAGCACGCAGUUCCACGCCCCGGACUCCACCUUCACCGACCCCUUCAAAGAUAGCUCCCAAGAGGUGCUCCCGUUCCCAGGAGAUCUCCAGUUACACGUGGGGCCUGCUGUCAGUGCAAAUGGCCACUCACCGUUCCACACAGUCUCAUGUCACAACUUUGAAUACUCGCUUGAGGCUCUGAAGUCACUGCGGCAGAAGUCUGCGGGGGACCCGUUGACGUACCUCAACAAGGGCCAGUUCUACCCUAUCAGCCUCAGGGAGCUGGCCAGAGGACAAGUUCCCCCAAACUCCAUCAGCAAGGCACGGAGUGUGGUGAUGCUGGUGUUUGGGGAGGAGAAGAGCAGAGAAGACCAGCUCAAACACUGGAGGUACUGGCAUUCCAGGCAGCACACAGCCAAGCAGCGCUGUAUCGACAUCGCUGACUACAAAGGUAGCUUUGACACAAUUACCAACAUGGAGGAGAUCGCCUACAACGCAAUAUCCUUCACCUGGGACACCAACGAGGAGGCGCGGGUCUACAUCUCGGUGAACUGCCUGAGCACGGACUUCUCCUCUCAGAAGGGUGUGAAGGGCCUGCCCCUCAGCCUGCAGAUCGACACGUACAGUUACAACAGCGGCAGCAGCCAGCCUGUCCACCGCGCAUGCUGCCAGAUCAAGGUCUUCUGUGACAAGGGCGCGGAGCGCAAGGUCCGCGACGAGGAGAGGAAGCAGACCCGCCGAAAGGGGAAGUGUGUGGACCCGUCUGUCAACCUGGGGGCCUACCCAGAUGGGAGAGGGCAGGUACCGCAGAAGGCUGUUGAUACCACAACCUUCAAAGAAAUUAACGACUUCGACACUCAGCCGGUCCUUUUCGUUCCGGACUACAUCCCCGGCGUACACCAUCAUCCAUACCAAGCACAGGAUGGCGAUGAAGGUUCAGACAUGAAGAGACUGAUCUUCUCUGCUGAAGAUGAGUUUGGCUCCCCUCCAAACAAAGUGGCCAGGACAGACACGCCCAAGAAAGUUCUGCUGUACGUGCGGAAGGAGAUGGACGAGGUGUUUGAUGCGCUGAUGUUAAACACCCCCACACUAGCUGGCCUGGUUGAGGCGGUAUCUGAGAAAUACAAGGUGCCACUUGAGAAACUGGGGAAAGUUUAUAAGAGGUCCAAAAAAGGAAUUCUUGUGAACAUGGACGAUAACAUCAUACAACACUACUCGAACGAGGACACCUUUCAGAUACACAUGGAAGAGGAGGACGGAAUUUACAAGCUGACUCUUACAGAGAUCUGAACGGGGUCCUGAGGAACGGUCCAACACAUGUCUGUCUUCCUCUGGCACGCAGUGAUGUUACCUGCAGGAUGGAAACUGGGCAUUUUGAGAACUCAUUUCAUUUUUCUGUAUGUACGCGUGUGUCUGUGCGUUAAAGGCCUGUUUCUGCAAUAUGAAAGCAUUAUUUCUCCAGGUUACUAUGUCUCAUGGUGUAUAUGCUGCAGUUAAGUAUGGUCAGGUUCAUUUUGCUUAAAAUGUGACAUGCUACCAAACUAUGGACAGUGAGGGAGAAUCUCAUUACGUCUGCAAUAGAAGCUUACUACUUCAGCAAUUGAGAAAUGUUUUGCGCCCAAAAGAAGGUUUCUGUCCCUCUCCUCAUGUUUCUCCAAACAUAGAGGUCCUUAGCACUGAACGUCAUGGCCAAGAGUAUGUGCCAUUUUGUCAUUUGUCAUUUGUGAUAUAACUAGGUACACCAGUUUAUCUACAGCAUGUGUUGCAAAAUUAUUUCAACCUCCACUACCAUCUAAAUGCCCUUGGGGUCACUGUAGGCAUUGGAUUGUCCCAAUCGCCUGGCUAACUAUGUAUUUAUAAAUCAAUUGUCACCCCCAUAAAAGCAAUUGGUUGCUGUGAGAGAAACAGGUGUGACAUGGACAGAAGCGGCUUGUUCCAAUACCUUCCAUUACUGGGGAGGCGCAAUUUCAUCAUUGAUUGCUCUCUGUUGACCUCUAGUUGAAGGAUGACUAAACUGCAAGCGGGUAAACUGCCCUAGAUAAACUGGUUACCAUAGCUAUAAGGAAUGACCCAAAUGUCCCUGGAAGUAUUUAGUAUGUAGAUGCUUUUCAUGUCACCUGCCCUUUGGCUGGCAUAUGUAUUUCUUUGUAUCGUCUUUUCAUGGAGAGUGUGAGUGGUAGUAGGCCUCAGUGUCUAUUUUUGAAAUAAAGGGGUAAUUUAAGUGAUAACUGUGAAACCUGUGAUGACAGGUGUUAAAAUAGAUGAUACAGGGUAAAAUAUAAUUUGUUCUUUACCUUGCUGUGGUAAUAUAUAUGGAAAAACUCUUUUGUUGUUUAAAUUAGAACACAAGCACAUUUGUGAUCCUUUCAUGGUUUAUUUUCAUUCAGACUAAGAAAUUCAGUCUAAUGCUCAAACAAGUCCAGAAUCCAUUUUUCAGUUUCUCCUGUCUGUAAACCAGGUUGGCACUCAUUUAUUACAAACGCUUUCUGGACCAUCUAUAGACACACAUGCUUUGCCAUAAUUAUCUCUUUGUACACUUUGGUUUGUGUCUCACUGUAUGAAGUUUGAAUGCAUUUCAAUUUUCUUAGCACGCUGAAUACAGACACCCACACUGCCAGCCAAGUUAGAAGGACUGCACUCAGUUGCAACUAAGAUUUUAAUAAAUAUUAAAACAUUUUCUUUAAAUGGUCCAGGAAAGCCACUUGUAACAUACUUCUUUUGAAGGCUCAUACUCAGACAAAAACAAGAUGGUUGCAGGGAGCAAAAAUCUCUGCUGGCAGACUCACAUGCUGUCCUUAGAGCAUGAUAUUAUGAGGAAGGAAGCUGAGGUUUCUUCACUGUGAAACCAGUGCCUUACUCUGCAAUAUCUGUAUAUCUAAGCUCUAAGCUAGCUAACUUACAGCAGUGCAUAGCAACUAAACUGUAUGUUACCAUACUGUACUGUAAGGCAAAAGCAUAAUCAGUAGUCAGCCAGAAUUUUGUAAGGAUACAAGGAAAGAUUUAUAUUUAAAAGUAGAGUCAUAUAUUUGCAAUUGUCUUGAAACUGUUUUUAUUAUUGAACCUGUACAUAAAAAAUGCUGGCUACUGGUUACAAAUAUAUUUGUGUGAAAGUAUUAAAAUCUACAUCUUAAUUUAUAUGGUCAGGGUAUGGGAUUUCUAACAAUAUUAUUAUUAGCAAACAUGCUUACUUUUAUGCUUUUAAAUGUAUUUCAUGAAAUUGUAUGCAUUUGCUUAAUGAGGGACUUUUUGAAGUGCUUCAUUGUCAGAUUUUAUACAUUUAACAUGUGCCAAUUUUAUCAAAUAAAACCUAGCUUUGGAAUGUG